AUGGGUGUCCCUAAGUUUUUCCGCUGGCUCAGCGAGCGGUACCCCGCCAUCUCGAUGCUCAUUGCAGAGAGUCGCAUCCCCGAGUUCGACAAUCUAUACCUCGAUAUGAACGGUAUUAUCCACAACUGCACGCAUAAGGAUAGUGACUCUCCGACGUUUCGCAUGACCGAAGAGCAAAUGUUCAUCGCGAUUUUCAACUACAUCGAGCACUUGUUUGGAACAAUCAAGCCCAAAAAGCUGUUCUUCAUGGCCGUGGACGGUGUGGCGCCGCGUGCAAAGAUGAACCAACAACGUGCGCGUCGUUUCCGGACGGCUCUAGAUGCCGAGAACGCGAAGAACAAGGCCAUCGAGCAAGGCCUGGAGAUGCCAAAAGAAGAUGCAUUUGACAGCAAUUGCAUUACCCCCGGUACGGAGUUCAUGCAAAAAUUGACGCAACAAUUGAAGUAUUUCAUCAACAAGAAGAUCUCCGAGGACACAGACUGGCAAGGUGUGGAGAUUGUCCUUUCCGGCCACGAGGUCCCCGGUGAGGGUGAGCACAAGAUCAUGGAAUACAUCCGAAAUGCGAAAGCACAACCCGACUACGCCCCGAACGUGCGUCACUGUCUCUACGGCCUGGACGCGGAUUUGAUCAUGUUGGGUUUGCUCAGCCAUGAUCCUCACUUCUCCUUGCUCCGCGAGGAGGUGACUUUUGGCCGUCAAACAAAGUCUAAACCGAAAGAGCUCGAGCAUCAGAAUUUCUAUCUGUUACAUUUGAGUCUGGUUCGAGAAUACCUAGAGCUAGAAUUCCAGGAGCUGAAAGAGCCCGGCGCUCUGAACUUUCCAUUCGACAUGGAACAUGUGAUCGAUGACUUCAUCCUCAUGGCGUUUUUCGUUGGAAACGAUUUCUUACCUAAUUUGCCCAACUUACACAUCAACGAGGGCGCGCUCUCUCUCAUGUUCACGAUCUACAAGGACGUUCUGCGAAAGAUGGGUGGAUAUAUCAACGAAGAAGGUGUGAUCAACCUGAAACGGUUGGGUACCCUUGUGGAAGCAAUGAGCGUCUUUGAAUAUAGGUUCUUCGAAGGCGAGAACUCAGAUGCGCAGUGGGUCAAGUCCAAGAAGAAUGGCAAUGACGGCUCCUUAGAGCUGCAACAGAAGCCGAAGGAAUUAACAAUCACCUCUGCGCAAAAGGAGAUCCUCAAGAAGGUCAAGCAGUACGUGUCGAAUCGAUCUGGGAAGAGUGCUGAGCUGAAGCCCUUGGACUUCCCGCCCACCCUUCCAGCCCGCGACCGCGCCUUUGUGGAACGCUUGGCGGAUGAAUUGCGGGUGCCCUGGUCUACCACGGACACCGAGACUGGUGAUCGUUUCAUGAGACUUCAGCUACCCCAACCUCAAAAUGACGACGACGAAAGUGACGACGACGACGAAGAAGCAUCCAUGGCUAUUCAUCGUAUCAUUCGGAAGUACGAGAAAGCCAAGAUCCAGGAAAUGACCCCGGAGGAGGCACAACGAAAGGCACAGGAGACGUAUGACGCCAAGUUCCAUGAGUGGAAAGACAACUACUAUCGGUCUAAGUUUGGUUGGGGUCUCGACAACGAGGAGGAAUUGACAAAGCUGGCUGAAAACUAUGUGCAAGGAUUGCAGUGGGUCUUGUUUUACUAUUAUCGGGGUAUCGCCUCAUGGCCCUGGUUCUUCAAGUAUCACUAUGCUCCUAUGAUCUCCGAUAUUGUUAUGGGCUUGGGUGUUGACAUGAACUUCCGACUUGGACAGCCAUUCCGUCCGUACGAUCAGCUGAUGGGCGUCUUGCCCGAUCGCAGUAAAAAGAUUGUGCCUACCGCUUACUGGGAUUUAAUGACAUCCCCCGAAUCCCCCAUCAUUGACUUCUACCCCAGAGAUUUCGAUCUGGAUAUGAACGGAAAGAAGAUGGAGUGGGAAGCUGUGGUCAAAAUCCCUUUCAUCGACGAGAAACGACUAUUGGAUGCAUUGAAAACCAAAGAGAACGCCCUCAGUCCAGACGAGAAGGCACGAAACACUUUUGGUGUCAGUCUCAAGUUCACCUAUUCGCCUGACGUGAAUUUCAUCUACCCCUCCUCGAUGCCUGGCGUGUUCCCCGACCUUCCGAACUGUCACUGUAUCGAGAAUGUCUUCGAUCUUCCUGUCAUGGAUGGCCUAGAGCCGUACAACGGGCUGAUGGAUGGUGCCUACCUGGGCAAGGCAGCUUUGGCUGGCUUUCCUAGUAUCAAGACGCUUCCACAGGUUGGCCAACUCGGCUUCCACGGUGUUACUGUGUUCCAACAAGAAAGUCGCAAUGAGAGCCAGGUUGUCACUCUUCUUGACCCUGGCAGCCGUUCCAGCAUUGAAUUGGCCAAGACAAAGCUUGGCAAGCGUGUCCAUGUCGGGUAUCCCACUCUGCAAGAGGCUCUUGUGAUCCGUGUUUCGGAUGAGCUUUUUGACUAUAUUCUGCCCGAAGGCGAGCAGCAUGUUGUGUCGAUCCCCCAUACCCCGCAGCAAAUCGAGCAGUGGAAGAAGAAGGCGACCAAGAUCGAAGGCACUUACAGCAAGCGCCUUGGAAUGAUCAUUGGUGACGUUGAAGCCUUAGUUCAUAUUCAGUUGCUGAAAGGCAUGAACAAGACCGGAGACGGCGCCACAGUCAAGGAAUUUGCGGACAUACCCGGACAGGAGACCGAUUAUGCUCUCCAAGUUGUCGUUGAUGAAGUGGUUCAUCCCGAUGAGCGCUUUAUUGAGCGUGAAGCAUUGCCGAUCGAGGAAGAGUUCCCGGUAAACUCCCGUGCCUUCUUCUUAGGUGACUUCAACUACGGACGACCUGUCCAUAUUACUGGUCACGAAGAUGGCAAGGUCAACGGAUUGAUCGCAGCUGUGAAAGGCCGCGAACCUGAGUUCGGAAAAGAGCGUGUUAAGGAAGUGGAGCGUUACUCCCCUUACAUGCCAUCCUAUGCCAUUGCUCGCAAUCUUCGCCUCAACCCCCUGGUGCUGGCCAAGAUUACCUCCUCGUUCUCUGUUGACAUUGACGGCCAACGCGUGAAUCUGGGCCUGAACCUAAAGUUCCAGGCCCGGGGACAAAAGGUCCUUGGAUACUCGCGUCGUGGUGACAACGGCUGGGAGUUCAGUCAAAAGGCAGUCGAUCUGCUGCAUCAGUACAUGAUCAAUUUCCCUGACUUCAUCGCUGGAAUCCAGCGCUGCCCUCAACAAGACCGCUAUUCUCCAACUGAUUUUUACUCGGAGGAAGAUGCCCUCCUCAAAAUGAAGGAGAUCCGUGAUUGGCUCAAAUCUAUCGAAGCCAAAAACUUCGAGAGAGUCCCCCUUGAUGCAGAGCAACUGGACUCGGACAUGGUCGGGCUGAUCGAGCGUGAUUCUGAUAGUCUGGCGCAGUCGCAGGCUCCAAUGCAGCCCAAGAAGGUCCGUGGGGUUCCUCGCAGUGCUCUCCUUCGCCCUGCCGAUGCAGAGCAUCGCCUAAACAACCAAACUUUCAAACUUGGCGACCGUGUUGUGUAUGCCCAAGACUCCGGUAAAGUGCCUAUCGCAACCCGUGGCACAGUUGUCGGUCUUACCCGAACCCCGAGGACACUUCUCCUCGAUGUGGUAUUUGAUGUUUCCUUUAUGAGCGGAACCACCCUGGGAGACCGCUGCUCGCCCUUCCGCGGACAGACAGUGCUCGCAUCAUCUGUAUUGAACAUAUCCCACCGUCAGCUCAUCGCUAGCUCCCGUGCCGCUACUAGCCAACAGGGCCAGCAGGCCCAGGCCACAACUGGAUACGGUACACCUCUUGGACCGAAUGGAGAGGGCCAGCUGAAAAAUGCCCCGGUUCCUCCACCUCUGAGAGGUUCUUUCCGUGGUGCCCUUGGUGGUCGUGGCGGCAACGGUGGUCCUCCGCGGGGACCCCGAGGCCGAGGUCGCGGUGGACAGCAGCAUAACAAUGGCGGCUAUGUCUCAGUCGAUAACAGUGACCCCUCUGACGGGAUCAUUCAGAACAACCCCGACUUCCGCCCGCAGAACUACACCAAUGUCCCGCCCCCACAGGGGAUUGACCAGCAGCGCGGCCGUGGCCGGGGACGUGGACGUGGUCGUGGGAAUGGGUCUCGCGGCGGUCGGGGACGUGGCCGAGGUGCUGCCACUGAAAGCUCCUAG